CCCUGCAUCUAAAACUUCAAGAAAUGAGACAAUCUUUCUUUGACGAGGGAUACCUAGGUUGUCAGUAUACUCAGAUAGAGGCCUUGGAGAAAGACAGAAACCAUAAUUUUAUUGUAGAAGUAAUAACACUCUAUUUCAGAGAUUCCCCUACUGGGGAAAGAGCCAAUAGAGGUACCCAAGGUUACCAAAUGCAUUCAUCGGUUAAAAAGCAGCAGCGCCAGGCUAGUGAUAUUAUUUUCAUCGGAGCCAUCAAAGUUAAUAGUGAACUAAACAAAGCAAGCUCAUUUCUCCAAGCUGGCAACAUAGAAGGAUUGAAAGCAGCACUGCGUGGUAUUAAGAAGGAGCACAGUGAACUCCGCGCAAAGUUUGAGACUUAUUUCCAGUUGAUGAGACAAGUUGGUCCAACAGAAGUAGCUGUGAAUUCAAGC